CGCAGCAUCAGCUGUUGACACUCCUCCGUGUCGACCUCCGGGCUGCUCCGCUCUGCAUGUUCACCCUCCGGCUCUCCGCUGUCACCGUGGCCGUUUCGACACGCACAUGCUGGUUGUCCACCGCCCGGUAACGGACCGUGUGCUGCCAUGAGCGCUUUGUGUCGCCUGAUUCAGAGAGGGCUGCUGAGCGGCCGGCCGUCGUGCCGUUUGUUCGCCGGACAGCAGGAUGUGUGCUGCGGGGUGGCUCCCCUGGUCCGGGCAGCCAGCUCAUCCAGCCCGGUCAGCUUGACCUAUGAUGUCUUUGACGGGAAGGGAGAGAGCACUCCCUUGGUGUUUCUACACGGGCUUUUUGGCAGUAAAUCUAACUUCCACUCGAUAGCGAAGUCCUUGGUGCAGCGUACAGGCCGAAAGGUGCUGACUGUAGAUGCCCGUAACCAUGGUAACAGCCCUCACAGUCCCGUGCUGACCUAUGAAGCGAUGACCAGCGAUUUAAAACACCUCCUCGCCCAGCUGCGCAUCGAGAAGUGCGUCCUCAUCGGCCACAGUAUGGGAGGAAAGACAGCCAUGACGACGGCUCUGAUGCAGCCUGGUUUAGUGGAGGGGUUGGUGGUCGUGGACAUCAGUCCAGCCCAGACCUCCGCACGCACCAACUUCUACCAGUACAUCCAGGCAAUGCAGGACGUGAAGAUCUCCGUUGACAUCCCUCGGUCUACUGCCAGGCGGAUGGCUGAGGAUCAGCUGCGCAGUUUGGUCAAGGAGCACUCAGUGCGUCAGUUCCUUCUGACUAACCUGGUGGAGCAGAACGGACACUACGCCUGGAGAGUCAACUUGGAGGCCAUCUCAGCGCACCUUGAUGACAUCAUGAGUUUCCCCAACUUUGACAGCGCCUAUGAGGGACCUACGCUGUUUUUGGGUGGAGCCAGUUCUGCUUAUAUCAGCUCUGAGGAUUACCCAGAAAUCCAGAGGCUGUUCCCCAACGCUGACAUCCAGUACAUCCCAGACGCGAGCCACUGGAUUCAUGCAGACAAACCCUUAGAUUUCAUCAGCUCCAUCAUCUCCUUCCUUCAGUCCUAGCUGCCUCCAGCCUUCGCCUCAGAACUUUUUUUUCCAAAGCUCAGCACCUCUGAGCGUUUGCAAGUCGAAAACCGAAGGUGAGAAUUCAGCAGCUUCAGCGAGAACGAGCGGAGUCAUUAGUGAUGCUAAUAUUUGCCAACACUGGACCAAACUCACCCUUUUACAGCAGUCAGUUCUUACCUUUUAGCAGUAUCAGCUUUAGUGUAGUGUAGGUGAACUUUUGUUUUGUUUAGUCUCUCUGCCAGACAGGUAGUGUUACUAGAUUGGCUGGUUUGUAGAUGUGAAUAUUAAGUAGAUGGUAGCAACGACAAUAUCUCCAGUUUAACAUAACGGGGCUGUUUUUGGAGGCGACAUACUAAUCCAAAGAAACUCUGAUUUGCACAGUGCUUUCUUUAUGUUGACACAUUUAUGCCAGUAUAGUAGAAAAAUGGCUUUAGGUCAAGUACAAUCAGGCUGCUGAAGUGAACCAGCAUCGAGAUCGCUGUUUAGAUAUGAAAGUUGUGACAGCGCUGCAAUGAAACGAAGCUGUUUAUCUGAGGAGUUCUUCUUGGAGACGAAUGUGCAAAGCAGAAAUCGUGUCAGGAGUUUGGAGCUCUGCGCUGAGGCUGCAAUACAGACUUGAUGUGUACAGAUGGCUUGCCGUAGGAGGUUAUUUUAAUAUUUAUAAUAGUGGUAUAUUCAGUAUUGUGGGCAGGAAAGCGCCCUCUCCUCUGUAUCUGCUGUAUGUCAUUAAGGAGGUUGGUUACAGUGUCACUACUCCAGCUCAUCAGGAGCGCUGGUUAUAUUUUUAUGCCAAUAAAAUCAUGUAUCAAAACCAAGCUGAAACUUUCAUGCAGUAUCAGCACAAACUGUUUCCUGACAGUCUCAGGUUACAACUGGAUAUGCUAGUUAUUAUACACUUAUCCUAUUCUUUUGUCUGUCUGGCAACAAGCCGUAGUAUCGUCGUUGUGUCUUUGUAUUUGGUCAGUCCGGUUAGUGUUUUGAUGAAACAAUGUUUUACCAGUUUAUUAUCUGUGUCUCACUUACUCUUUACAAAUAUGGCGCAAGGCUCUAUGGGUAUCUCACAAAUAUAUGCUGCAACACUGUAUGUUGUUCUCUAACCGUAAUAGUGUUAAUAUCCUUUUUGUUUCAAUGGGUUACAAAAGUACGGUCCAGUAGUGAAACUGCCAUCUGUGUGAACAAGCAGGGUGUUGUUGAUUUGUAUGUGCCUCUUUUACUGAGAGCUCUUUUCCAUUUCUGUAAACCUUUAUAACAAAAAAAGAAACUUAGAACUAUCUGUAGACUUUAGAUUGGCAGCUGGGUUGCCAGUUCUGAAUUUUCUCACAAGGAGGCUUAACAGUUGAGGCGCUAGAUGUUUACUACAGUCAGUGUUUUUUGUUCGUUUGAUGUCCAUACAGAAGUCUAAAAAGGCUUUAAAUAAUAAGAUUCCAGUUGCGUGAGACUCUCUUUUUAUAAAACGGAGAGUCGCCCCUUCAUCCUCCUUCAACCGCAAGACGGAUCCGUCUUGUUGCACAAUGUGAAUAAAUUGUCGGGGGCUCGGGUUGUGCUGACGUUUGAAUGCAGGUGGUUCUUCUGCACUGCUGCAGAAAAUUAUAAGCAAAAGGAGACACUGUCGACAGUAUAGAAAAAGUUGUUUUAAGACUGUAAUCAUCUGUCAGGAUUGUAUAUUGUUUCACUAUGAGCAUGCCUUUUCUUGUCAUCAGGUGCGACUUUGCUGUGCUACGUAUGUCUGUUUGUUAAACAUGUUGCUGCAGUGGUGGCACUCAUCCUAGAUAAUGGCAUAUGUAUAAAAAAAUAUAUAUAUAUACAUUUUAAAUGUGUGCGAGAUGCAUAUAAAAGUGGAAUAUAUAUUGUUGAAAAUGAUAUUAUACAAUAAAAUAGCCAAACGAUGCAACAAAGUUUA